AUGCCAAAACUACGCGAAAGUGAUAGGAGCGAGGAUAUCCUUUCAACAAUAUGUAUUGCUGUGUUUAGCACCCCAAAAUGGUCAUUAACGAUUCUGCAGGUUUCGAUAUUUGGGCUAAUUACAAAUGGUUUGCCACUCUAUAUCACACUCAAAUCUCCACGAUUUCAAAAUGCAUUUGGCAUUCUUUGCAAAUGUUUUCUUCUCUGCAAUAUACAAAAUAUCGUUGUACUAUGCCUAUGGGAAAGCACUGUUUUAUGCUUGUAA